AUGUUGGUAGACAAAGGAGCAGAUGUGCAUGCUAUUACAAAAAGAAAAGAAACAACAUUGAUGCUUGCUUCCAGAUCUGGGCAAAUGGAUAUGUUAGACCUUUUAAUUGCUUUGAAGGUUGAUAUCGAUGCUAAAGACGAAAAGGGAUGGACGGCAUUACAUAUGGCUGCAUUCCAAGGUCUGGGUGAAGUAAUCAAAAAACUGUUGACAGCAGGAGCAAAUGUGAACGCAACUACUUUGUUGGGAAAAACGUCAUUAAUGAUUGUUUCCGAAUUUGGAUGUGUUAAUUCGGUAAAAAUAAAUGCAAAAGCUUCUCUUGGACAGACGGCAUUACAUUACGCUGCAUUAGGAAACACAGUUCAAACAAUUGAAGAACUGUUAACUGCAGGAGCAAACGUUGAUGCUACGUCUAAAACGGGAGAAACAGCAUUAGCUAUUGCUUCUGGAGUGGGAAAUAUUGAUGCGGUGAAAGUUUUGACAACUAAAUAUAAUGACAUCCUAGCUACCGACAAGGCUGGAAUGUCGGCUUUUCAUUGGGCUGCAUUUAAUAACGAAGUUCAAUCCUUGAAGCUCUUGGGGGUUAUGGUUGACAAUAAAGAGAAAGAAUGGAGCAGCUUUGCGAACACUUGGAAGCUGCGGGACUUCGGCAACACCUCGUCAAUCCGUUGCAUAUCAAAGAUUAGUGGCGAAGAUUCCGGAUCGUUAAAAGCCCGAAUGGGUUCACUACCAAAAGAGAAAUGCCGCAGAAGACGCACUAUAUUCGACCGUGGAGAGCUGAAGUCUUGCAAGGUUUGCCACAACACCGGUCACAAAUGUCAUGGCCUUUUGAGGCUAGUAACUCGCGAAAAGCUCUGUAAUGUGUGCCUGAAUGAACACAAGAUCGUCAACGCUGUGGGGAAGAGCGCGUGCAUCCGGCCUACUUCUAAAAUUAUGUUUCUGAUGGUACCAGUGCAGCUGUACUACAGAGAUAAAGCAAUAACGGUGCUGACGUUCCUCGGUUACUUUGGUUAA